GGUGCUGGUGGGCAGCAUGGCGCUCCUGGGAGUCGUUCUCGGUCUGGUGCUGCUGUGUGACAGUAUCGGCCGCCUGCAAGCUGCUGGUCACGACCUCGACCGCGGCUGCACGCUGCCGUGUCCCAACGGCGAGCAUUGCGAGUUGGAGCAUGUUGACCACGGUGGCUACUACUCCACCCGCAGCCAAGUGUGCGUGGGGGACCCGCUGCCGGUGGAGCGUCCCUCCAGCUGCCAGAACGUUCACUGCGGUGAUCUGCAGACCUGCGUGUUGCAGGAGGUGAUCUGUAUCAGGGCGCCCUGUUACCCCGUGCCGGCCUGCAUCCCGGACCGGUGCGCCGCAGUCCGAUGCGGAACUGGCACGGUUUGUGUGACGGCGAGAAGGUCUGACUCGCAGCCCGCCUGCAGUGACUUCCCCAACUGCCAGUUCACUGUCAGGUGCGAGCCACGAGCCAAGCCGAAGCCCGGCUUCUGCCCGCCGCCGGAGCAGGUGUCCCAGGCCAACGUCAGCCGCUGCGAGUACGACAACGACUGCGCAUCCGGCCUGCUCUGCUGUCCGGGCGCCUCCGGAGGGGGACGUGGCUGCACCUCCCCCGCCUACCCCCACCCGUGCUAUGACUUCGAAUGUCCCCCUGAAGCGCCCACGUGUGUGGUACGUGGCGGGAUGCAGACGUGCUUAGACCGGGUGUGUCAGCCGGGCAGCUUCUUCUGUCGGGAUGACAAACAGUUCUUCUGCUCAGACGAGGGCGAGAUCAUCGAUACCGGCGUGCCGGCGCCGGCGGACUGCUCCUAAUGACUGCUGUUAUGAUGCGUGUUGGAUUGACUUGGUCACACCUCGUUCUGAUUGAGAUGCGGCGCAGAUGAACAUACUGCUGCGUGAUAAUAUGGGAUAAUAUGGGAUCAAGCGUGAUAAUAUGGGAUAAACCGACUUCUUUACUUGUUCUCGGCUUUAGUUGUUGUUUUUUUACUCGUAGCCAUCACCAGAACGAAUCCCAUGAAUGCGAUUAUCGCUAUGGGUGUGACGGUACUUUUUCAAAUUUGUCCAAUUAUGUUUUCCAACCAAGUGUUCAAAAACAGUUGACAUUUCUGUCGGAAUGGCUUGCAAUAAAAAUCACUCGUAAUGCA